AACCCUGUGAGUCUCAGAUAAUCGACUGAACAAGCGCGUCAGUCUUGCUGAACUCGGUAUUAAAAAUUAUAUGGCUUUCGAACGAAUUAUAUAUAACCUUUAUUUUAAGAGGGUGACAUCAAUUACUAUGAAAAGUAUAUUCUCCCUAGUGGCACUCUAGAAACAAAAUUAAUAAUAAUAAAUAUAUUACGACAAUCAUGAUGAAAAGCCUAUGUACAAAUAGUGAUUAUAUGAAAGAUCUUAAAAAUUUUAGAGAUUUAAAAAAUUGAGAGAUGUUAAAAACGAAUGUGAAUAAAUUAGUAACAAAGGAAAUCAAUUUACAAUGAUAUUAAAAAACCACGGACAUCUUAAAAAUCAGAGCAACUUUUUAACUUUUUGAUUCAGCAAACACACAUCGAUGGUAGACCUUCAGCAAACUCUUGAAAUAUGUACGCUUUACGAAGAUUCAGCACACUUUUAAAAGAUGAACGCGUUACGAAGACAGAAUAGCAGACCUCAGCAAACGUUUGAAAGAUGAACGCCGGGGACACACGAAUCACCACGUGAGUUAGUGCGUCAAAGUGAGGCAAAACGUAAGCAAGCGCCUCAAAGUGGGGCAAAUGCAUGUGUGUCGACACAAAUUCAAUCUCAAAAAAACAUCCCUUAUUAAUUGUACAGGACACGCAAUAAUGUACAGAACACCCAACAGAAAUUAGGGGUUGCGUUCUCUUACCUGGAACGCAAAAAUUUUUGACCCCGAUACCGUUCCAUAGAAAAAUAUCUAGAACUUCGUCAAAAAUCUGUGAAUCCAAAAAAUAAUAGAUACUUGUUGACCUACCUUGACCAAAAUCGCGCCUGCAUCGCGUUGUUUAAAGAGAGAAAUAAGCCACAAAAUGUGCUGAAUAUUUCACGAGGCACUUCCAUUAUGGCUUCCGAUACGCAACUCUCUUUGAAAGAUUGUGUCAACCUCGUCCCUAGGGUCUUCUCGCUUUCCAAUAUGGCGGCGGCAGGAGAGAAGACCCUGGCACACUGCGAACUAAAACGAUCGCUGAUUGGUGCAUUCCAUGGUGCGUUCAUACGUGCGCUCUCAUUGGUUUAUUCCUUCCAAAACAAAGAUGGUUAACAUUUGAGGGCUUCGUAGAGGCUGAGAAGUGCUUUCUUCAGUGUUUAAGACCUAAAAGGUGGAGAGAAUUCAGGUCUGAUUGUUCGGAAAACAGUGACUUUACCGUUGGAAGGCAAAGAUUCGAAGAUAGUGAUAUCUGAAACGGUAAUCGCUGGGAAUAUUAUGAGGCGUAAAGGUAUUUCUGUUGCUCGUUCUAUUUGGUUUGUGUGUUCUAAAUUACUAAAGAUUUGUUUCUUUAAUUCCCGAUUUGUCAAAGAAUACUUGUAAGGCUUCAGCUUAUCAAUAAAUUUAGCUGUCCGUUUGCGAACUGCCUUUUGUUUUCUUUGAACAAUAGCUGUAUGCAUAAUAUUAUUAAUGUAUGGGGUUAUACGGAAAUCGUGCAUAAUCUGUGGUUUGUCUCAGCAGUUUUUUGUCCAGUGAAGCAUUUUUUUUUUUCAUUUGAUCGUAACGUGCAUGGGCCUACCUGGCCUUCUUUUAAUUUUUUUCACUGUGAUUUUGAAGGGGCAUGAGGAGCGAGAGAGGCAGAUGUCGAAACAAAACUAGAAAUUGAAGCCAAACAUAUUGUCGCUAUCCUUCCAUAUUUUUAAUCCUGACUUUUCAUUUAUUCAGUUUUUAGUGUCACAAUAAUGAUAAUUUAUUAUUAUUUGCUCAUUUCAUAGGCAGUAAAAUACAGCUAAAUACAGAGACAUUGGGAAAAUAAACUGUUUCCUUUUCUCAGAAAUGAAAAACUUGCAUAAUUCUAGUUAGUCUUUCUAGUUGCAAAAAUAAAAUAAUGAAAGCACAUGAUGUCUUUUAUUUUAUCAAGUUGAAAAUAAUGAUCAGCCCAUGCAAGGAAAUCUGACAGUCUUGGAUUCUCAAUUCUGUGCCAUGGAUACUGCAUUCUGGAUUCUUUGUCAGUGGAACUUGGAUUCUGGAUUCCAAUUAUAAGUGGGAUCCAGAGUACUUGACCUUUAUUUCAGUUUCCAAGAGAAAAAUUUCCCAGAUUCCAGAUUCCCUUAGAUGGGGUGACAGUGAUCCUAAGAUGAAUAAGUUUUCUGUCAAACCAAAACCUGUUAAUUGAGCUUCUAAUUACUGUAGGCUAAGUGUGCAUGUUGUUCUUGUCACUGCAUGUUGUUCUUGUCACCAUAUGCUUGAAAAGGGGGUUUGUGGACCAGGUGAAAUAGUGGCUGGCAUUGUAGUAUUCCAAAACCAGCUGGGUAUGAUUAUGAAGCAGCUAUAAUUCAGUUCUAAAAUUUGGAUUUAAAAAAAUAAACUGCUUCAAAGGGUGCAUAUAUCACUAUCCACUGAAUAAACAAGAGAGGAAGGGGCCUGCAGCAUCUUGAUCCCGGGAUUUUUCAUUUAGGGAUGCCAAGGCUUUUGAAGUGUUUUGCACCAGAGUCCCCAUUACCAUAGUGAGCUUUUAGUUGCCUAGUCAUGGCCAAUGAUUUUCGGGUCACGUGGCCCCAAGCAAUAUAUUGAAACAGUUUCCCUCCAGUUUGCCUAAGAUAAGUCACAGAAAUGAAUUGACCAAGAAGACCUGGGAAAAUGCCACACAGGGACAAGGCAAGGCUUUUAGCUUGUAUAGGUGUUGGGCUGUGAGGAUGCAGCUGUAAGAUGUGCUGGCUCAAAUACUUCCAAAGUCUACUUUAAGGUGUUGGUUAGUCUUAGUCAUAGUGUCUGUAUCAUAAUCAUAUCAUCAGAAAUAAUCAGAUUAACCCAACUAUUAAACUGAUAAUCAAUUAUAGUAGAUAAUAGUUUUGUGACCCCUGUGUACCACUUUCAACACUGAAAAUACUUUUGUAAGUGAAUAAAACAAAAACCUACCCCGCAAGCAGAAGCUUAUCUGUCACAUAGUUAAACCAACUAAACAUCAUAUAAACUACAUUAAGAGUCCAUCAAAAAGACAACACAGGUGUAUUAAUGUCCUUAUUUGUUAACAAUGUUUUUGUGUAUUUUCCACAACAAUCAAUUGAACGUUUGUAUAUUAAGCAGUACUCACUUUGCUUUAGGUUUCAGAUCAAUGAUAGAUUAUGAUAGAUAAUCAGCACACCACUACCAAGUUAUGUCUCAAUUAGACUAUGAAAGGGCCCAUCUGACAUGCAAAGCGUGUUUGACUUAAAAGAUUAUUAUCUCCAAAUGAGAUAGGAAUUUUUACAGUGCACAUGAGGCAGAUAGGACCAUCAAAUUUUUGAACAACUGGAGUCUAGCCUUUAGUCAAUUUGUAAAUUGUCAUGGCAAAGUGCAGCCCCAAGUAAUAUGUAAAAUAAACCAAAGUCAGGGAUUAAGAAAGUUUUUGCUCUAAAAAAAAAAAUCUAUUUCAAAGUGAAGAAUACAUUUUGGAUUGCUUAAUUACAACCAAUGGAAACACUCUUCACUUUGUGGUAGCUAUUAAAGCAGGGUUAAUGCUUUUUUUUACAUCUGAGAGGCAAAAAAAACAACAAUAACAACAUAUUAAAUCCUCUAUUAAGGCCCCACUCUCUCAAAUAAGCCCUCCUUUUCAGUGGAAGAAAGUUUUAACAAUAAGCCCCCCUCUCUUUUAACCUCCAUCCCACCUUCCCUCCUUUUCUUAUUCUUCACUAAUAAAUAAAAGACUGUACCAAUCAAUGACAACUGUAAAACUUUGUGUGGACCGAUCCAGGAUGGUUUAUUCAGCAACUGGAAGUUCGGAUUUGUUUUUGAUCAUCGGCUGCUUGACCUCCAACCUUCUUGUACUUGGGCUUUUUCAGUUGGCAUUUUUUUUGUUUGGGGAACUAAUAUCAGCGUCUUUGCUAUAUAAAAUAAGGCCCCCAACUCUAUUGCCCGGAAGCAUUGUGAACAGAGUUAGAUAUCAAAGCCAAUAACAAAGUCUAAAAACUGUGAGGUAGAUGAAGAUUGACAAUAAUUUUAUUACCUGCACCAGAUCAAGUGACAAAAUAUCCAAACUGAAAAGGAACUGUUUAAUUUUCAACCAAAGUUUCCUUGAAUUGUCUUAACAAAAUAGUGUUCUCUGGUUCUUGUUUUGAGAAAAAAAAUUGUUUUUUUACAUAUCAGAGUUCAGUUAAAAUGAGUGCAGACAGAAAAACAAUAGUCAAAAACCUCAUGAAGAUCUGUAACAAAACUGACGAUAACUUAUCAGCUUAAAGUGUCCGCGACUUAAGUUAAUGCUUAGUUGAAUUUCGGAACGGAAGAGGUUUUAGAGCGUCAUGACAAAAAAUUCCCUGGCUUCUGAGGUCUGUUCUCGAAAUUCCUAAGAUGAAAUAAAUUGCGCUCACGGUUAGAAAAAGCUCCUCCUUUCAUGAAAAAAGAAAACUGAACCUCUGGCACUCAGGGUGGGCAAAAAAAGUAAACAGUGAAAAAAGGUCGGUAUCGAGUGCCGUGUACGCUACAGAACGUUCAGGGUUAAAACAAAUGAAGGUCAUUGAACAGAAAAUAAGAUCGCUAUAUCAUUCUACCGUAUUCCUGUGGCUUGUAAGUGCAUUCUUUCAUAUUUUCAGCUUCUUUUGAGUUUGCCGUUGCCGCCAUUUUGUUUGUUUUUCACCAGUCUCAAGACCUCGUACCCAGAUCCUCUCACUCUUUAUAAAUUUCUUUAUAAAUUUCCACUCUCCGUGGACAAAUCAGUCACGUGAUUUCUGCUGUGUGCCAGGGUCUUCUCUCCUGCCGCCGCCAUAUUGGAAAGCGAGAAGACCCUGGGGACGAGGUUGAGAUUGUGUAUUCCUCAUGAAAAGCCUUUGAAAUAUGCCUGAGAGCCUCGAAAACAGUGAAGUCUGGUCUUAUCCGCAAUUUUCCCCGAGAACAAUAGCUCCAUGACGUCACAACCGUCUCUAAAUCUAGGGAUAUUCCGGACUGUUGACGAGUAGGUAGCCUGCGUGCAGACGAUAACUAAACUCUGAUUAGCACCGUCUGCGAAGCGGCGCAGAGAUCCUUGUUCUGGACCCCCAACGGACUCAACGAAUUACCGGAAGUGCGUUUCGAAUUUCCCUUCAACGUGAUUGGCUAUUACCAGUCUUGCGACAAACAAAACAAAGGUCUUUUUUAACUGGCCAAUCGUGGUGCGUACUCAAAUCUGGGUACACAGCUGGAAGUCCAGAACAAGGAUUUCGGCGCUGUUUCGCAGACGGAGUUAACCAGAGUUUAAUUUCGUCUGCGCGCAGGCUAUCGAGUAGGCAAACGUGUGAGAAAUUACAGUGCUUGUAUGAGAAUCCAAUGUCGAAUAAUUUCCGUAAAACGGCUGUUCUGAAAAAAUAUCCAUUGCGAACUAAAGCUACAAAGCAAAGGAUUGUCCUAAAAAUUUUGGGGGGCGUACCUGUGCUUAAAUUUCUCCAGAGGCUUGUUUAAGAUUUUCCAUGGGCUUUCUUACAGACAAAUGUAUAGAAAAUUUAAAAAAUGGUUCUAGGUCUUCUAGUGCAUGUAACGCCCUCACUUUUUCAGUAGAAUUCUUAGGAGUGAAUCUUUAGUUUGCAGUUCAUAUAUAUUUUUUCAGAACAGCCGUUCUACAAAAAUUAUACGACAUUAGAUGCUCAUACAAACACUGUAAUUUCUCAGGCGUUUGCCUACUCGUCAAGAUGGCGUCGAAAACCGUAACAAGCAAAUUCGGUUGCUUACUAUGAAUUUCCGCGUGAAAGCUCAUCGAUACGCUUUACUUUCACGUCGCAUUCGGGGACGUCCCUUAUAAUUACUAAGUUUAGAAACUUCUGGAAGUCACUUGUUUGUAAUGAUGUUCUUAAUACGCAACCGUGUUGAGAUGGUGCCUGUGAUGGGAAUACAAGUAUUUUCAGAACUAAAUACAGAAGUUAGACAAGUUUCGAACUUUAAGCCCGAUUCUUAUGUAAGUCGAAGGAGUCGAGUUGACUGUGUGAGAUGAUACUGGCACUCAAGAUUGCGUGUAGAUUGAGGGGAAAAAAAAGAAAAUAAAAGGCCUCGCAGCAAUUGCUUGACGUGUAAUAGACCUUUCCAACUUUUUUUUAAAAUUUUGUUCAUGGACACGUUAGGGAAAAUAAAUCUGUCGACUAGCUGGAAAAACCGCCCUUAAAUUAAUAAAUGUUGCGAAGUUUAAAAGUGAUUUGUUUAAAACUAACGGAGAAAAAGCAUCUCAAAGUCGCCAAGUUUUAAAGACGUUUUAGUGGGGCACAAACUUGCCGCACAGCAUACAGACUUCUGUAUAUUUUCGCAACUUUCCGGAGCUAUAUCUUCAAACGCUUAAGACGUCACUAGGCCCAGACACAAAUAUCCGGAUAUUUUUUGAGAUAUUUAGAAGUUUCCGAGAUAUUUAGAAAAUAUUGGAAAUUUUUAAGAUAUUUAGAAAAUUUUGCCGGAUAUUUGGACAAGUUUAUAGCUUUUUUGGCUGUUUUCCAGCUUUUCUUCGCUAUUUUCUUUGACAGAAUACUCAGUUUUAUCAUUCCAUGCCACAAAGUAAUCCACUUCAGCAGUUUUCCACUUGAUUAAUGUGUUCCAUAUCACUAGACACUAUAGCAGCCAAUUGCCAAAAUGGCCGAUGCUGGAAACAGCCUGAACAUACUUUUCAUCUCCCGCUGAGGAAAAUUUUGGCCUAAGAGAUUCAAAAUCGGCUUUUUUUUUUUUUAAAAAAAUACGAGAUAUUUCGAAGAUUUUUCGAGAUAUUUAGAAAAUGUUUUGGGAUAUUUAGACAGUUUUUUGAGAAUUUCCGGAAAUAUAUUUAGGUGAUUUUACGAGAUAUUUGUGUCUAGGCCUAGACGUCACUUUCAAACUUAGGAAGUUCAACGAUAUUAAGGUGCUCUUGCCAGUGGUUUCGACUAAUUUUCUAACUGGUACAUGUCAAGAGUUGAAAAAACCCGUCGAAGUGUUUAUUACCUUUGAUGAGCAUAGUUGCAGUAUAUGAAAGAACUUGAGUAGCAAAGGUUAUACGUAGGACACUUAAUGCGAGAAUGCCGAUCGGUUUGUUGCGUGCUUGUACGGAAAUUGUGCCCUCGAAGUAAAUAUGUUAUGAUUUUGGAAAGUGAAUAGUUUAAAUGAAUGAACAAUAUACCAUAAACAAUUAUCGGCAUUAUGAAUAGUGAAUGAAGGAAAAUCAUUAACUGCGAUCAUCUCAGUUCUAAUUACGCGGAGAUUAGAGUGAUUUUACCAAACGUGUGAAAUAGAUACUAACAACUUAUGACAAAGAGUUAUGAGUAAAAAAAGGAGACAUUAGAAUUAGUUUAUAAUAGUGAGUAACAGUCUGCUAUACCUAGUUCGCGAGUUAUAAGUAGAAUCACUUUAUCGUAUUUAUCGUGCAAGGUAAAUUAAUAUCAAAAGGAGCAACACUUUAAAUGCGUUUCAUUUUUUUUUUUAGAUUUUCCUUUGAGUGAGAUGUAGCUUCCAACGCGAGCUGUCACUGAAUCAUUUUGUUGCCGAACAUGAGUACAUUUUCUUUGGAACAACUGAACUAUUUCAAGUUCGCCAAGGUUGUUCUUGAUGAAUUUCCAACAGCACUGCGCAAGGUAUUUGUACACUUGUGGGACACCAAUGUUGCUCCUACACCCGGCUUCAAGGUAUGGGAUGACACGCCACUAGUUAGGAACAUGUUCCUUAAUAAGGAGGGUGGAAAGACCAAAACUGUGCCAACCAUGAAGUCAUAUAAGGAGUGGGACUGCACGGCUUUGUUUGAAGCCACUCUCUAUGCUCAAAGCUUUGCAGUGCCAGUUCCAGGCGGGAAAGGGAAGACCUUAGCCGAUCUGUAUGUGAAACCCUAUCGUUUACCCAGCGGGGCAUUCCAUUCGAGCGUUACAAGCCCUUCGGGAAACAACGAUGAAACAUUUGCCUUAGCUUUGGAUCAGCUUCGUUUAUUACGAAACAGUCUUUGCCACAAUAGCAACUCCGAGAUUGUUAAGAAAACCUUUGACCAGUAUAUAAAGCUAUCUAAAGAUGCGUUCGCAGCACUUGGACAAAGCUCUACAAGGAUCGAUGACAUUGGAAAGCUGGCGGAAGGAGACUUUCCCACUGCCAGGGUUCAACAGUUGGAACUAGAGUUAAGACAGGAGAAAUUGAGGGCGAUCGAGGAUGGCAUAUACCAUAUCGAAGAUCAAGUCAAACAUGUCGCCUCGGGCGUGACGAAUGUAAGCAGUGAGGUAGAAGAUGUAAAGAAAGAAGUGAACGAUGUUUGUUCCCAAGUGAAAGAUGUCAAAACUGAAGUGCUAGAUACGCGUACAAAAGUGGAAAAAGUCGAGUCAGACGUCAAGAAUAUUAACACGGGAAUGGAAGACAUGAGAACCACGGUGGAGGAUGUCGGGGCACACGUGAAAGAUGUGAAAACUGGACUAGGAGAUGUGAUAACUUCGGUGAAAGAUGUUGGGUCAAACGUUAACGAAGUGAAAGCUGGAGUGGUAAAUGUCAAUAAAAACAUGGAUGUUUUUGUGACAGAAGUCAAAACAGUACUGACAGAUGUGAGAACAGAAAUGGACGAAUUAAAAGCUAGUGUCGAGGAUAUGAAACAAGCCAAUGAGGCGGUACGCUCGAAAGGUAGGCGGAAUAUUGUAUUUUUUCAUAGCUUGCGAAUGUUAUGCAGUAAUAGCAAGUUUUAUCGUAAUCCUUUGGCGGGUAAUGGUAAGACUGCUCAGCGCGCACACACAUCCUUCAUUUACAUCAAGCAAAAGAGGUAAAUAUAUAACGAACGAACAAAAGGGUUAGGAUGGCAUCACCUUCGCACAUUGGGACAUGUAAAAACAGUUUCUCCAGUGAAUGAAAAGCAGAGAUGAAAUAAGAAGUGAAAAGCAUCUAAUGAAUUAAAAAAGUGGAUACGGCCAUUAGGCCAGCCUGUUCACAGACCCUCUAUUUUCUCUUCAAAGUCCGUCGAGCGCGCGUGAUAAAAAAACCGCGGGGAUUAAUUGACCGCCAGCGCAAGGAGGUAGGGGUAGGGAAGAAGAAAGUAGACGGUCUGUAGACAUCUUUGGAAGCAACUGAAACUUGCUUUUCCCGGGAAAAGCAAAUUACCAUUGGCUGAACGGCGAUUAUCCUGUCAUCAUCAUGUCAACGACUCAUCACGAUCGCGUCAUGCGAGUAGCAGCGUUUGUCAUCGCCGGGCGCGCUAACCGCGACACUUACCAAUAAUAUAUUGUAAUUUGCAUAAAAAAAAUAACACCGAUUGUGAACUUGGGCUGCAGUCAUACUACAAGCUUGUGUUGACCAUAUCUUUUGUUUCGGAGUGUAGACUAUGGAAAGCGUGCUUGACGCCUGUUUGGCACAGUUUUCAAGCAAGUAGGUGCUCAAAGAAGGUCAGCGCCAGACUGUUUUCGGUUUACUGGGGCAAAAGGAUGUUGCGGCGGUUCUUCCCACGGGUUUUGGGAAAAGUUUUUAAAUUUACCAGUUGUUUGCGGUAGUGAAAUUCAAACAAAGAGAAAAGAACGUGGUAUUAGUUGCAUCGCCAUUGCGAUCUAUUAUCAAAUAUGAUCAAGUUGAGGCAAUGAGAGAAGCUAGCGUUUCAGCAAUUGUAUUACCUUGCCUCGGAACCAUGAGGUGAUGUGGACAUUCUUUUAAACCGAAACCUAUCAUCGUCGUGCUCGCUUUCUUGAAAGCUGAUCUUAAUAACAGAAAACAGUUCAGCCCAGGUGCUUCUAACCUUUUUACUGUAAAGCGAACAAACCCUACUUGACUGAUCUUCUGUUGGCGAAACGGUAAAACCAAGAUCUUUUUCAACUUUCGUUUUGUAACACCUUCACAAAGUCUCAAUAAAAAGAUUCUCUGUAGCUUUAAGGGAACGGGAUCAUUGCCAAGCACUAUAGACGUAUAACCAUCACCCACAUAUCCUACAGUGAUUAGAUGGGCCGAUUUGUUUUGGCUUCGGACCUCUUUUAGCAGGCUUUUUCGACGUUGAAGCAGUCUGACAUGUUUUUUACACACACGCGACUCCGAGUGUCAUUGUUUUUCUUUGCGUACUUAAGCUAACUUAAGCCAAUUGCACAAGAAAUUUAUAUCUCCAAUACCAUUGGUCCAAUUUAAUUGGUACUGUAAAAGCAGAGGUGAUAACGAUGAGGCGUUGACAUGGGGGAGGGACUUAACAAACCUCUUUUUUUCCCAAAGAUGUUUACAGACGUUCUUUAUUUUUCUUUCUCGCGCUCCGCGCUCGCCGAUGUUUUCGAAAAGCAAAAUAAAACAACGGCUGUGUACAGGCUACCAUUAGGCUAAAAUCUUUCUUCUUCGUUUUUCCACGUUAGGUGGCAGUACAUUCCAAAUCUCUACACCAAAUACAUGUAACUUGCUUUGACCCACUAGCCUUCGAUAUAUGUUUACUCUACGUAAAAGUUAUUAAAAAAUCCGGCGGUUUGUAUGCCACUGAAUAUCUAAUUUUAACAAAUUUUUAUGUCACCUGUGAUCUACAACCGAACAGACACACGGAAAAUGGAUUUGUGCACGUGACCGCUAAGAAAGACGCGUAUAAGGCUAUGUUCACGCUACCGGAUAGCUUUUUGCGCUGGCACGAAAACCAUACCGGGUAGGGCUUCUGUUCUCACAUAAAAACGGUGAUCUCGUCGCGAUUUGUGUAACGGAGCGAUGCUGCUUCGCGCCGAUCUUUCAAGUGGGGAGACAUUAAUCGGAUGCGUGCUCAAACUAUACCAGAGAGCUUUUCGUAGUAGCAGGUAUUGUGUAAACGUACGUAGCCUAAGAGUCACUCUGGGUGAUGACCGUUGGCGAGCGCAACUAUUAAUAACUUAGCAAUUAUUUAACAACUACAGAUUUCAUUUUACUGUUUGUGUCUUCAGUUAUAGAUCCCAGAUGACAUCAAAAUACCUUAAGAACAAGAAAAUCGCACUUGAGCAGUAGGAGUGUGUGUGUUACUGAUGUUCGUGCCUCGUUUAAUAUUAAUUCUUGUGCUUGUGAUGUAUCAGGAUAACAAAACAUACACAGGGCUAAAUGAAAUAUAUUUGUGCUGUAAAUAACGGAAUGUAAAGCAACACACUUGCUUCUUAGCGCUGGGCUGUACAUGUUGAAAGAUUUUUUCUAAUUUACGGAUUUUCCUUGUCACCAAUGCUAUUUUUUGUUUAGGUUUGUUCUUCCUCUAACCUUUUUUCGAGGCCUAAUCACGUGUUAAAUCCGAGAUAAUCACGAAAGUGUUCAGGACUGUGCGCUAUGUUGGUAAAAAACCCCCCAAAAACCAAACAAUAUAUCCUGCAGACAUACAAAGAAAGCAACUCUGUGACGUCAGCCGUGUGUCCUCUGUCUAUAGGCUCGUGUGUAUCAACUCCGCCUUUCAAAGGCUUUUCGUUGAAAAAGUCUUACCGCGGAAUCAGAAGUUUUCCGUGGCUCGUGAAUGACUUUUACGCAAUUGCGCAGUUGGGUAUGAAGCCUUGAGAAACUCCGUCAUAAAAAAACAAAUUUUAUUCAUUUAAAUUGAAUGUGUUCUGCCUUGAGCGCACUAGAUUUUGUCAGCUCAUCACAACUACGUUUUAACCUAAAGGGGUUGAAGCGUAUUCUAGUGGGAUUCUCAACCAAAUCGAUAAACUAAUUAUGUUUGAAAUGACCCGUCUUGAUAACGUGUUAUUGCCAUUUAGGUCAUGUGGUUCCUGAAUCCUGUGUGCCUAAUGAAAUUCCCCACUUUUAUGGUCGUCAAAAAGAGUGCGAGGCAAUCCUCGACCACUUGACAGGUAGCGAAAAUACUCGUCUGGUAGACAUUUGGGGUUCACCAGGAUUUGGAAAGACUUCAGUGGCAAUCAACAUAGCACAUCGACUACUGGAAAAUAGGAUUCCAGUAUAUUUCGUAUCCCUACGAGGAAUGAGAGGCAAAGAUGAGCUCGUCUCAAAGCUGCUCAGUAUUUUCGCAGAUGUCAAACAGACACCUCAUCUCUUGCCUUCCCACUGGCUUAUUCAGUGCUUACGACAGGUCCAAAAUCCAUUUGUAUUAAUUCUCGAUAACGCUGACGACCUACUGGAAUCUGGAGACACCAAAACCAAAGAAGAAGUUCUUAAAUUAACGGAGGACAUUCUCGUUGAAAUCUCUCAUAUCAAACUUCUCUUCACGACUCGUGAAUCGCUAGACUACUUGGGGUACAGAGUUGCCCUUCAUCUAGAAAAAGUUGGAAAACUGGAUGAAAGAUCCUCUGCCAGCUUAGUUGAGGUGUUGUUACCAGACGUAUCGACGAAUAACUGCCGAAGCAUAAUGAAGGAAUGUGGACAGGUUCCCCUGGCUAUGCAGUUGAUGUGUAGCUCCAUGAGAGAAGAACAUCUGUCAUGUGAUGAAGUUCUAGAAGAGUUAAAACAUUCAACAAUUGUCCAGGUUUUGGACAAUGAAUCGUAUUCUGACGAAGCGAGGCUGAAGAAUGUAAUCAACAGGUCUUUUCUAAGACUUGGAGAGAAAGAGAAAGAAGCAUUUGUAUCUCUGGCCGUUUUCCCUGGUACCUUUGGGCUGGAAGAAGCUAGAGCUGUAUUACCUCAGCUGACAGAAUCAGAAAGAUCUACGAGAAGCAAGAGAAUUUUACGAUCGCUUGAAAGAAAAUCUCUAAUAGAAAGCAACAACGAUUUUGGAUCUUUCUCAAUUCAUCCGCUGCUGCGAUCCUUUGUAGUCGAAAAGACAUUAAGUGACGAUAAAAUAAGAGCAGUAUUUCACACAGCACAACUUUGUUUCUAUGAAUAUAAUAUCACUAAUUUUGAAAAGGCUAGUGAAAUGUUUCUUACGGGUUAUUCCAAUGACGCCUUCGAAGUUUUUGUCCGUCAGCGAGAGAAGAUCGUUUUAUCCCUGCUUAGUGGAGCCAGGGAAGAUGAACUUUACAACAAGACUAUUCACGUGUUGUCAAAGGCAGAGUUUUUUCUCUUCUCUCUGUUAUAUGACGAAGAAUUGCUCUAUAUAAGGCUUUAUGACGCUGCGGUUGAAGAGGCAAAGAAAAGGAAUCAUUGGGACGGUGAACUUAAGCUGCUCGCUGCCAAGUACUGUGGUUGUUUGGGUUGGUUCUACGACCAUGAACAAAAUGAACACCAUCCCCUGCAAGGUAGAUUUACUGAUGAUAGUGAUUGCCCACCAAAGCUUCUUUGUUGUUUUGGUUUUUAUCAUCUUCUCAAUGGUAAGCUUCAAGAGGGAAUAUCGUUUCUUGAGCGUUUUGUGCAUUGUGCGAGUACGGACCAUGAUGAAAACGUUCUUAAGAUCUUAGCCUACCAUGUUCUUGCCAUUUGCUUCAGGAAGCAGGAAAGCGAUGAAAUGGCGUCACUAUUUGAAACUGUCUGCAGUGAAGAGAGUAAGGCUUCGUCAUUGUCCCCCGCAUUUUGUAGUCUUUUUCUAAAAGAGACUCCAUCAUCAUCUAAAGAAUCAAAUUUUCACUGUCUUCAGAGUUCUGUUGCUGAACGAGAUGCUUUCAUCUUUGGUGUAAUAGCUGAUUUGCUUCCCCCUCUUUACAAAGCUCUUGGUGAUCAGAUGAAGCUUGAGCUAUCUACUCCUGUCACCAGUUCCCUUUUGAGGUUGCACAAAGGUCUUCUGGUGUCGUUUAAAGAAGGUCGGAUCCGUGUCAGGGUGAUGGAGACUUGCUGCAACGCGUUAGACAGAUUGGCUUGUUAUCAGGAGGCAGCAGAAGGUUUCCACAUGAUAACUGCUCAGCUGGAGAACGACCGAGGAAACCAUGAAGACACAGUUCGAAACUACCAUGCCCUAGGCUUGGCGCAAAGCAAGUUAAAGGAAUAUGAGGCUGCUCAUUGUUCCUUUAAGAGAGCUUUAGAAAUACAAAGAAAUCUUUUACAAGAAAUGACGGAAUCAGCGCUUGACAAAGAGGUGAUCAGCCAGACUGUGGCAUUGUUGACUUCACUCUUUGAAGUCUUUGAAAAUACCAGUGCUACUACUGGUGAUGUCGACAAUUUCUUGGCCGCUUGUGAAGAACUUGAAGGUAUUGUAGUUAAGUCAAAGGGAGAUGACUUUGCUAAGUACAUCAGAAUUCUGGGAAGUAUUUAUAACAAUUUAAGUCAUUGUUUUGAUGCAAACGAAGACUACGACAAAACUCUCAUGUUACUCGGGCGGGCGAAAAAGUUAACGAAAGAACACCUAGGGGAUUGCGUUGAGACAGCAAAUGUUCUCACUAACGAAGGCGAGGUGUAUAUGAAGAUGGAAAGAUAUGAUGAGGCUCAAAAGUCGUAUCGACGUGCUCUAAAGUUGAGGAAAAAAUUGGGUAUUGAGAAUCAUGAGGAUACUGCUUUUAUUUGCCAUGGAAUUGGGAGGAUUCUCUUAAAUAGGGGUAAGUACGAUGAUUCUCUAAACGCGCAUUUGCAAGGCUUACGGAUUAGGAAGACACACUUGGGUGACGAUCACCUCUUGACAGCCUCGAGCUUGGAUGACUUGGCAUUUUGCUAUUACAAAAUGGGCAAGUUUGAAAAGGCUGCAAAAAAAUGGUCCAAGGUUGUUAAGUUAAGAAGAGUGUUGAACGGCAUUCACCAAGAUACUGCCCGAUGCUUUCAUAAUCUGAGUGAAGUCUAUGUUGAAAUGGAGAAGAACAGUGACGCCUUUAGUGCUUGUCAGCAAGCUGUAGACAUAAGGCUGGAAAUAAUGCCUGAACACGUAGACACUGCUACUGAGCUACACCUUCUGGGAUCAAUUCAAUUUAAGAUGGCGGAAUUUAAGGCAGCAGUCAGGUCCUUUCGGCAAGCAUCAAAAUUAAGGUCAAAAUUGCUUAGUGACAGCCACCAAGAUACAGCGCUCAGCUAUCAUUGUCUCGGUGAAUCGCAGUACGCUUUGGGCGACUUUAGCGACGCAUUGGAGUCUUUGCUGACAGCUUCAACUAUCAGAAGUGAUAUCCUGGGACAUCAUUCCCUCACGGCCGAUACAGAGGAGCUUCUGGGUCGCACUUAUAAGGCCUUGGGCGAGCAUGACUUAUCUUCUCAUCAUAUACGUAAGGCACUCGAAAUAAGGGAGCUCUGUGAGAAAACUGUGUUUGAUGAUCCCAGUGAUCCGCUUCUGGGAAGUUAUUAAAUGUUGCCGGUGGAAAGGACUGCUAAGAAGCCCAAGUUAACAUAUACGUAGCUAAAUGUAAUUUAGGCUCAGUUUAAGACGAAACAAUGCUGGCCAGCAGUUUUCCCCCGAGGGUUGGUAUCUGGGGUUGCCGGGGGUUGCGUCAUAAAAGUCGGAUAAAAAUAGUGAGAUUUCUAGAGGUGUCCCGUUUUAAGCAAAACACUGCCUCGGCUUUUGAAGGCUACCGCUCGUACAUCAAGUCAGAC